AUGGAUACUAUUCUGAUAACUUUGGCGACGGUAGUUUUCAUGACGAGUGUGCAGUGUUCCCCGCUACACGGGCCAGGGCUAGCGGACCAGUGGGCCGUGGGGCUGCGGGAUGAAGGGAGCAGUCUGCGAGAACUGGAGCAGAAGGCUCAGGACAUUGCUCGGGAGCAUGGGCUGGUCUACAAGGGCCCGGUGCCGGGGAUGCGAGGAAUGUUUCAUUUUUCUGCACCAAAGUCUGCAGUGGGCAAUAGUUCUGAACUGACUCGCAGUCUACAGCUAAAUGAAGAGGUUGAAGUAGCAGAGCAGCAGAGGUUGCUGGUGAGAGAGCUGAGGAGAGCUCCAGUUCUGGAGAAAAAACCACUAGAUGUUCUGUCAACAGCUGAGGAAAGGGGAGUUCGUGAAAAGAGAGGCAGCAACUCUGCUCACUUCAAAUGGCCCACAGACCCUCUAUGGAGCAGGCAGUGGUCCCUGUACAAUGUGGGUCAGAGUGGGGGCAAGUCUGGACUGGAUAUAAAGGUGCUGCCGGCGUGGAUCCAGGGCUACACUGGCAGGGGAGUCGUAGUCAGCAUUGUGGACGAUGGCCUACUGAUGAGCCAUCCAGACCUCACGGCUAACAUAGACUGGACUGCCAGUCUGAACACUGUGGACGGCUCUAAUGACCCCUCCCCCUCCAGUUCUUACGACAACCACGGAACUAAAUGUGCCGGGGUCAUUGCCAUGGAAAAGAGUAAUCAAUAUUGUGGAGUGGGUGUGGCUCACCAAGCCACUCUCACAGGUGUAUCGUUUGACCUGAGUCAGGUGACUGAUCUGGUGGAGUCCACAAUGCUGGCCUAUCGCUCCGACUAUGUCUCCAUCUACAGCUGCAGCUGGGGGCCCAGUGACAGUGGGUUCAUUGUGGCUGGCCCUGAGACGUAUACAAGAACUGUCCUGCAAGAGGCAGCCUCACAGGGACGAGGUGGACUGGGCAACAUCUAUACAUUUGCCAGUGGCAACGGAGGUUCCAAUGGAGACUCGUGUGCAGCUGACGGCUAUGUCAACAGUAUCUACACCAUGGCAGUCGGUUCUGCUGACCACACCGGGAAACAGGCCUUCUACGACGAGGACUGUGCAGCCAAGAUUGCUGUCACCUACUCUUUCAACUCCAAGACAUUUGAUGAUGCCUAUGCUUAUGAACAGCUGUCCACUACAAGUAUUGAUGGUGACUGCACAGAUUCUUUCACUGGAACCAGUGCCUCAGCUCCUCUCAUGGCGGCUGUGGUGGCACUGGUCCUGCAGGCCAAUUCCAAGCUGAGUUGGAGAGAUGUCCAGUAUCUGGUGGUCUACACCUCAAACUACUCUCCACUCAAGUCUGGAGGAUGGAAAACCAACGGAGCUGGUCUCAAAUUCAGCCACAAGUUUGGAUUUGGAGCUGUGGAUGCUGAGGCAAUGGUGACUAGAGCCCGUAACUGGAUCUCAGUUCCGGCCCAGCAGAGCUGCACCAUCUACCCUGGAUCCUCAGGAACAGCAUAUGCUGGGAGUCCUCUCUCCCUCUCCUUCGCCGUGGACAGCAGUAGCUGUUCAGAUGUGGGGUUCCUGGAGCACGUGGUGGUGACUGCCACUCUCUCUCUCAGUGUCGACGGCUACCAGAGCUACUAUGAGGAAGACUACUACCAGGACCCAUCAGUGAUAUCUCAGAAUGGGCCUCGCAGAGGGGACAUAUCUCUCUAUCUCACCUCUCCCUCUGGGACAACCUCCGUCCUGCUACCCAAGAGGCCAGGGGACUUUGUCAAUGCUGAAGGCUACUACGAGUGGCCCUUUAUGUCGCGUCACUUUUGGGCGGAGUCCCCGGGCGGCACAUGGACCCUCACUCUCUCCUAUGACUCUAGUGCAGGCUCUGCGUCGCUAGAAGGGUUCGCAGUGGUUCUGUAUGGGACCACCUCUGUGCCCAAGGCAGUGGAGAGGAUCCCUAGCAAGUGCAGCUCCCAAUGUUCCCGAGGCUGUGCAGCCAAGGGAGAGGCUUACUGCGACUCUUGUAGGAAUUUCCGCCUCCCGUCCACGCUGCGCUGUGUGGCUACAUGUCCCACUGGUCAGUGUGGAGUGAGUGGUUACUGUGUCCACUGCAGUCCCUACAGACUGUCUGCACUUGCCAUCACUGGCAUUGCUGCUGGAGCAAUAGCUCUGGUGGGUCUCUCUGCAGUCCUCCUCGUAUUCAUCUGGUCACGAAGAUGGUAUUGUCGCCGCUCCAACUAUGACACUAUAUAA